GUCAAGUAGAAAUGUUGAGAUGUUGAGAUAUUCAACUUCAAUACAAAGUAAAAGUAUAGAGAUAUAAAUCUUUUCUAAUAAUUUCACAGAUAUAAUAUGAAAAAUGAUUAUAUUUCUUAGUGAGUUGCAAAAGGAACAUCUCGAUAUAUUGCAUAAGCAAUCUUUGCAAGUUCUGGUUGACUUCUGUAAACUUACUAUAGAUUACUUAAAUAAUGGAGUUAAUAGUGAAAAAUGUACUGUUGCCGCUGAGAAAUUGGGUUUGCCACUAACUUAUAUACAAAAUUUAAUUCAAGCUCUGGCCUAUUUAAUAUUAGAAGGAUGUAAGCAUAAUUUAUCAGAUACAGAUUUUAAGUCAUCACUAGCAUUAGCAGGAUUUUCAAAUGAACACCAGCAGGUUUUGCUAAAGUUAUAUAUUACUAAGAAAGAUGAAUUAUCUAGUGCAUUAAAUAUACUUCAACAGAAAGACCCAAGUUAUCAAGACUUGACAUGGAGAUUUGAGGUUCAGAUGGCUUCUAGAAGAUGUAAUCAUAUGAUCAAACCAAUGAUUACCUUAAAUUUAGUUGUCACAAUUCCCAAGAACUUUGGUCAAAAUGUAGAUUAUAAAUACAAAGAUGAUAAAAAGAAUAGUCUAACUUCAGUACAAAUAAAUUCAUCAAUACAGAAUGCUAAAACUGCCAGCCAAUGUCAAAGAUUGAUUAACCAUUUCUUGCUGCAAUGUGAUUUACCUAAUUUAAUACAUCUUACAAAUAAAUUAGAACAAGCUUUAAAAGAAUCAAAGAGCCAACAUGUUAGAAAAGUGCAAAGAGCCUUAUAAUACUGGAUCUUUAGUUUAUGUGUAUAUUAUUUAUUAAUUUAAAAGAGCACUUCUCAUUCCACAAUCCUGUUGAUGCCUGAAUAUUUUUUUAUCUUUUUCUAAGCUGCAAUUAU